AUGCAGGCUCAAGGCUUCCAGGACCCCGCCAGUGCCGGCUAUCUGGUAAGCCCGUUGGAACUGGAGAAACCAAACGUCGAGGGCAUAUCAGACAUGCCGGCACCUGCCCCUCAUCAACUUCUUACCCCGGCAGCCAGCUUCACGGAGGAAUUUCCCAACGAGCUCAACGGGUCGGACUCUGACAUGGUCUACAACUCUCAAGGUCAGAGAUCACUAGACCCCACCCCUCUUACCCACAGUGAACCAUCUACUUCCCAAUCCCAAACCAAGACCAAGAGAGAGAGAAACCGAAGGGCGGCGCACAAGUGUCGGCAGAAGUCCAAGGCGAACAUCGAGCAGCUCAAGCAGAGAGAACAGGAGCUGUCUCAGAGGAACAAGGAUCUGAAAGACACCGCCUUUGGCCUUCGGAACGAAGUUCUGUGCCUGAAGAACGAGGUCCUCAUGCAUGGCACUACUUGCGACAAUGGCCCGAUUCAGAACUACCUCUCUAGAGUAGUCGACGACUUAGUUGAUAGGAACCCCUCCUAA